ACAAGAAAGAUGAUUCUGGAAGUGCUGCACUGGUUGUUUACAGCAGAAGAACAGGAAUGCUCUAUGCAAGUUUCGUGCGUUUCUUUCCACAUUUUGCUUUGGAUCCUGGUUCAUUUUUUUUUAAAUGGUGCACAAGUGUGCAUUUCCACUUCAAGCACACGAGGUUGUGCACUGAACAUUUUUCACAAGACGAUUUCAGAGCAGAUGAGGGAAAGGCACGACGAUAUCUUACGGUUACAGCUGUGCCUGUCAUUUAUUUACAAACUAAACAGAGAUGGGUUGUUUCAGGAGACCGUGAGUGAUACAGCACUGAUCAGAUAAGACUUCUAUUCAGAAGAUUCGGAGGACAUGGAUCACUGUUAUGCAUUACCCGCAGAGACACUACAAACUCUGCCGAGGAAGCGAAAGAAGUCCGACGUUAAGAAGAGAGAAAGAGACAGACUGAGACAGAAAAACAGAGUAAACAUUGGCGUGGCCUAUUCCAGAUGGAAAGCGCUGAAAGUGGAGAAAGGCAUGAAGAACGACGCGGAGGUUGCUUGCUAUCUGCUGGACAGGGUGUGUGGUGGGCAUCUUUUGCAAGACAAAUCCAGUGCGUCUUUGAGAAAGAGAGGAAGACCCCGGAAAUCAACAUUUGCAUCUGCACCACAAACUGAGGUGUGUAGGAAGAUUCUGAGGGAUUCACCUCAGCCCAGUUGGGACACUCAGUCAGACACUGAAUCCGUGCCUAGUCCAGAAGCCCAGUCCACAAACGUUGAGGUCCUUGGGAUCUGCUAUGACCUCCCUCCCCUUUGGCCAGAUCAACCAGAUAAACAAGCACAGCCUGAACGACUAAUAGAGGAUAGAUUUGACCCAGAUGUCAGCAUGGGUUACACGGAGGAACAAAACAGUAUGAUGGAGCAGAGUUCAUCUUCAAGCACAACUACAGAGGAAGACAGUGCAGUGCACUACGAGGAAAGAAAGGAUGAAUUCGCACAGACUGCCCUGCGAUUGGAGGAACGUUUAAACACCAUGAGAUCUUUGUCUGAUGCCGCAUCUGAUCCCAUUUCAAUGACAAGAGGAAUAGUAAAUCAGAAGGAAAGAAAAUGGGCGGUCAACAAAUCCAGUUUGACAGGACUGUUCAGAACCUGCCAUCAGUGUGGAGAGCCGGUUCUGGAAUUUAAAACUUUAACAUCCGGGAGUCUGAUUCGGAUUCAGUGGGAAUGCUCAAAGGGACAUCUCAUGUGGCUCUUUCCCAACCACAACCCAACAUAACACACACAGACUGAAACCAGACGGGGAUGAAUGUACAGCAGUGUAUCUAUAUUUAUUAAAAUGUGAAUAUAAAAGAAAUAAAAGUUUCUACUUUGGAAUUACAAAAUUGAGGAAUUAUUUCGUACUUCGACUCAAAUAGUUUGACUUGCUCUGGGG